CGCGGAGCGCGCAGCGCGGGCCGGUGGGAGGGAGGGAGGGCGGGCGAGAGGAGAGGACCCAUUACCCGGCACCGGACAGGCCGGACAGAGGGCCCGCCGCAGAAGGCAGAGCUGCCGAGAUCUCAGUCGGAAAGAGCGAUUUCUGCGGGCCCCGCGGGGCCGCGCUCCGGGCACCCUCCACUGCGCGCCCGCUCCCUCCAUCCACCUGCCGCCAGGGGUCUGGCCGUCGAAGCGCGCAUCCGCAGGCUCGGGUCAGUUCCCGGCCUUCGAGGGCGCCGCCGCCUCCAUCUUCGCCUCUGCGGCGUCCGCAGUCGCAGACGCCCGGGCGGGACCCCGGCGUGAGCACCAGGCGCCCCCCUAGGAGUGCACGACCCCCGGAGCCGCCCUCGAUACGGACCGCGCCCGCCGGGCACACAAGAAUGGUCACUAUACUGGGGGCCAUGGAGUCUCAGGUUGGGGGGGGGCCGGCCGGCCCGGCCCUGCCCAACGGGCCACUCCUUGGGACAAACGGAGCCACUGACGACAGCAAGACCAACCUCAUCGUCAACUACCUACCCCAGAACAUGACGCAGGACGAGUUCAAGAGUCUCUUCGGCAGCAUUGGGGACAUUGAAUCCUGCAAGUUGGUUCGGGAUAAGAUCACAGGACAGAGCCUAGGCUAUGGGUUUGUGAACUACUCUGACCCCAAUGAUGCAGACAAAGCCAUCAACACUCUCAAUGGCCUCAAACUGCAGACCAAGACCAUCAAGGUGUCCUAUGCACGUCCCAGUUCUGCCUCUAUCCGGGAUGCCAACCUGUACGUCAGUGGCCUCCCCAAGACCAUGAGCCAGAAGGAGAUGGAGCAGCUCUUCUCCCAGUACGGCCGGAUCAUCACUUCCAGAAUCCUGCUGGACCAGGCCACAGGUGUCUCUCGGGGUGUGGGAUUCAUCCGCUUUGACAAGAGGAUCGAGGCAGAAGAGGCUAUCAAAGGACUGAAUGGGCAGAAGCCACUGGGUGCUGCUGAGCCUAUCACGGUCAAGUUUGCAAACAACCCAAGUCAGAAGACAGGGCAGGCCCUGCUCACCCACCUGUACCAGUCCUCUGCCAGGCGCUACGCUGGUCCCCUGCAUCAUCAGACACAGCGCUUCCGGCUGGACAAUUUGCUCAACAUGGCCUACGGAGUCAAGAGUCCCCUGUCGCUCAUCGCCAGGUUCUCCCCAAUCGCCAUCGAUGGCAUGAGUGGCCUGGCAGGCGUUGGCUUGUCUGGAGGCGCUGCAGGCGCUGGCUGGUGCAUCUUCGUGUACAACCUGUCCCCAGAAGCGGAUGAGAGUGUGCUGUGGCAGCUUUUCGGACCCUUUGGGGCAGUCACCAAUGUCAAGGUCAUCCGAGAUUUCACCACCAACAAGUGCAAGGGUUUCGGCUUCGUCACCAUGACCAACUACGAUGAGGCCGCCAUGGCCAUCGCCAGCCUCAAUGGCUAUCGCCUGGGCGAGCGUGUGCUGCAGGUGUCCUUCAAGACCAGCAAGCAGCACAAGGCCUGAGCAUUACCGCCCUCCCUCCCCGGGCAGCAGAGAGAGAGAGAGAGAGAGAGAGAGAGAGAGAGAGAGAGAGAGAGAGAGAGAAGAGUGUGCGCAACCGCAAGAGCAGGCAGACCCACACACCUGCAAACACACCACAGGGUGAGCAUCCGGACGGGGAGGGUCUGCAGGGAAUUGAGGGAAGGGUGUCCCCACCCUGUUCUCCUUGCUUUCCCCACCCCAGGCUGGGGCUUGUUCACUCUCUCGUCUUGGUUUGGUUCAUGGUGAUGGCUUUUGUUUCUUUUUUCGGCUAAAAACAAAAAGAAGAAAGCAGAGAGGAGACCCCCAUCCCACCUCACCCUCACCACCCUGCACAGGAUGGCUUAGGGGACACAAUGGUGCCCUACUCAGGCCUCCCUUGCCCAGGCCUGUCCUAUACCGAGAGAAAGGGGAGGGAACAGGUUUAAAAAUCCCCAAAACAGCAAAAACAAAAAACAAAAAAAUAAAAAAAAAAAACAAAACAAAACAUGAAAGAGGGGUGUGGGCAUCCCCAUCCCCGCCCUAGUCCCUGGGCAGAGAACAGGGAGCAGGGUUGGGGCAGAGCAAGAAGCAGGAAAAAAAGGGUGGGGUGGGGUGGGAGGGGAAGAAAAACUCUAUUUUUGUAAAAAGGGAAAAAGACCUCGUGGAGAAUUUUUACUGGGGAUUCUUGAACUUGAAAAAAAAUCACAAAAAAAAAGACAAAAAAAAAAAAAAAGAAACUAUUUUGGCAAGUUAUGUUUACCAACUACUGGGGCAGGGGUGCAGGGAGCAGGGCUGAGGGCUGAGAGUCCAUUGGGCCAGCAACAUGCGUACAUACACACACACACACACACACACACACACACACACACAAGCAUGCAUAUAUGUGCUCGCACACACACACACACACACACACACACACACACACACACACACAUAAGCAAACAUGGCCACAAACAGGAAGGACAUACACAUGGACCUUGGGAUCACAGAUACACAACACAUAGGUACAGAGACAUUUCAGGAUACAUUCAGGAAGGUUGACCAAAUCCACACCAGAGGACAGAGACACACGGGCAGAACAUUGGCACUGCAUAAACAUUGAAACAGACAUUGGCUGCUUGUCCGCAAAACCAUGUGAUGUGUGAAAUCCACUGUGACAGAUCCAUUUGGAUGCACGAAUCUGGACACCAGUUCCCACUGAGAGCUGGGAAUAUAGCUCAGUUGGUAGAGCACUUGUAUAGCUUUCAUGAAGCCUGGGUUCAUCCCCAGAACUGCAUAAACCUGGUGUGGCACACAGACCUCAUUCAUUCUAGUGCUCAAAAGGUAGAGUCAGAGCAGGUCAAGACUAGCUUUGGCUACACAGUGAGUUUAAGGUCAGCCUGGGCUACAUAAGACCCUGUCUCAAAAUGCAAAACCAAAUAGGUCACCUAGAAACAUACAACACCCAGGGACACACGCCCAUAUCCACAGCAUCCUACAGGCCCAGACAAGGUGUUCCUACUUAAGACCCUGACCCAGUUAUUCCUCCAGCCAGGCUGGUCCAGCCACUUCUCCCUGGGCCCCCAACAAGCCCCAGACCUGGGUUCUCUGCACAGACUCCUUAGUCCACCAGGGGCCUCCCUGCUGCCCAACACACAGGUGUACACACAUGGCGUCCAUGCAUCCAAACACACAAUACCUCGUUCUACUUUGACACCACCGUGGGCUGGAGGGGGCUCUCACUCCCCACAACACUGAGGCCAAAGGACCACCCCUGUCCCUGGGGCUCAGCCUCCCUGGGUCCAGGGGGGAGGUCUGCAGUCUCCUCCCUCAAGUAGGGCCAGAGUGCUCCCUACCCGCAAGCAAGCACCCAGCACACUCCACCAGACCCAGGGGUGGAUGGGCCCAAGGUGUUCCUCCAUCCCUUCUACUUGUCGCCCUCUUUUGAUUGUUGGGGUUUUUGUCUUUUCCGGAUUGUGGGGGAAGCAUGGAUGCAGCCUUUGUGAGCCCCAGCCCUGGCUUCUGAAUGGACUUUGCAGCCAUACCCCACACACACCCUGACUUUUCAUUCUUUUAUGCAAGUUCCAACAGAAGCCACAGGCUGGAGCCCUGGGAGCCCCAAACCUUCAACCCACCCCUCAGUGGGCCCAGUCACAACCAAGAAUCGUGAAGCCCUCCCCCCGCCCCCCACUCUACACUCUAGGUUCUAGUUGCUUUCUUCCGGUGUCCUCUGCGUUUGGUGUCUGGCCACGGCCCCAUUUGAGCGUCCGACUCUCUCUCCCCACCCCUCCGUGUUGUUCUUAACCGUCUGUGGAGUUUCUGCUGCAAGGAACAAAAAGAAAAAAAAAAUUAAAAAAAGACCAAAAAAUAAAAAAUGAAAAAAAAAAAGAAGGAAGGAAAGAAAACUCAAACAGAAGAUGAAAUAUAGCAAAAGGAAAGAAAAAAAAAAAGAGAAAAAAACCACACACAAAGACGAUUAAAAAAAAAAAAAGGAAAAAAAAGAUAAACUGUCACCAGUUAACUUUCUUGUACUUUUUUGCUGAAUUUAGCUUCAUGUAGUUUUAACUUAUUGCUAUGUUAACUAUUUAUUAUCCUUGUUGGCCUGUAAAGACCUUUGUGUAUAUUUCUGUUCUUUCAUAAGUUUGCAAGUUGAAGGGAGCUGUUCCUUUUCUUUCAGUUUUGCUGAGAUGUGGUUAUGCCUAAUUUAUUUAUACAAGGGGAAGUGGAGUCAUUAAAGUAAUAAUUAUUAAUAACAGUAAUGGUAGCGGAGUGCCCCCCGGGGGUGCCGUGGGCUCCAAGGGGUGGGGUCCCCACAGCUGGCGGUGCCCGGGGCUCUCAACGGGAUUGUUUUGCUAUUGUCUUGAGAAGUUUUUCUGUCUAUUUAGCUGGUGAAUUCUAGCUUGCUCACGAUACACCGAACCUAUUUAUUCUGGUGGUUUCUAAGUCUGCCCUUACCGUCCCCACUCCCUCCCAGCAGGACAGGGACUCCCCCGCCUCCAGGAGGGUUCAACCCCUUCUUUCCCUGCUGUUUCUGAGGUCUCCCCUGCCCUCCACACAUGCUGGAGGCAUCCGAGCAAUAAGGGCUGGGUUUGUCCCCCACCCUGGGGGGAGGAUGGGCUCUGAAGAGGGGGCACCUCCCCCCACCCCCUCCCACCAAGGCCUAGGUCCCUGCUGCCUCCAAGACUGGAAGGAGGGGACUUUUUUUCUAGGACACAAAGCUUAGCCCAGACAGGCCCCCUCCCUGGAGGCCAGUCCCCAAAGAGGGCCAGGCCAGGGGCUCCCAGGGAGAGGGGCCCUUGGGUCUUCCAAAGUCCCGGGGGGCUAGGGGGUAGGGCCAGUGGGAAGAGGGCUCAGCCCCUCCAACCCUUCCUUCAUCCUGUUUAUUGGGAAAGUUUCAAACCAUGACAGAGUCUAUGUUGGAGGUGAUAUAAAGAACUGUAGAAAAAAAUCAUAAAACAAAAACCAAACCUCAACCCGAACCCAAGAACACUUCAAGUUGCGUUAGACAUUUCUUACCGAGCCCCAGGCCUGGCCGCGGUAACUGACUUUUACAUGGGAUUCUUUAACUGUUUGUACUUUUCAUGCCAGAAAAUAAAAAGUUCAGAAUCUUAA